CUGUCUCCGCCCCUCCCGCCCUCGCGAGGCCGCUUUUGACCCGCACCGCGGCGGCCCUGCGAGCCUGUGUGCUGGCCGAGUCGCCGCCACCGCCGAGAUGUGGGCCGUCCUGUCGCUGCUCUGCGCUGGGGCCUGGCUCCUCGGUCCCCCAGCCUGCGGCGCCUCCAACCUGGCCGUGAGCUCCUUCGAGAAGUUGCACUUUAAGUCCUGGAUGGUGCAGCACCAAAAGAAAUACAGCUUGGAGGAGUACCACCACCGGCUGCAGGUGUUUGUCAGCAACUGGAGGAAGAUCAAUGCCCACAACGCUGGGAACCACACAUUUAAACUGGGACUGAACCAAUUUUCAGACAUGAGCUUUGAUGAAAUAAGACACAAGUAUCUUUGGUCAGAACCUCAGAAUUGUUCAGCCACCAAAGGUAACUACCUGCGGGGUACCGGUCCCUACCCACCCUCUAUGGACUGGCGGAAAAAAGGAAAUUUUGUCUCACCAGUGAAAAAUCAGGGCAGCUGCGGCAGUUGCUGGACCUUCUCUACCACAGGGGCCUUGGAGUCUGCUGUUGCCAUCGCAACUGGGAAGAUGCUGUCCUUGGCAGAACAGCAGCUGGUGGACUGCGCCCAGAACUUCAACAAUCACGGCUGCCAAGGGGGUCUCCCCAGCCAGGCCUUCGAGUACAUCCGCUACAACAAGGGCAUCAUGGGUGAAGACACCUACCCGUACAAGGGCCAGGAUGAUCACUGCAAGUUCCAGCCCGAUAAGGCCAUUGCUUUUGUCAAGGAUGUAGCCAACAUCACAAUGAAUGACGAGGAGGCGAUGGUGGAGGCGGUGGCCCUGUACAACCCUGUGAGCUUUGCCUUCGAGGUGACUAAUGACUUUCUCAUGUACAGAAAGGGCAUCUACUCCAGUACCUCCUGCCAUAAAACUCCAGAUAAAGUCAACCACGCAGUACUGGCUGUUGGGUACGGAGAAGAAAAUGGGAUACCAUAUUGGAUUGUGAAAAACUCAUGGGGUCCCCAGUGGGGAAUGAAUGGGUACUUCCUCAUCGAGCGUGGAAAGAACAUGUGCGGCCUGGCCGCCUGCGCCUCCUACCCGAUCCCCCUGGUGUGAGCCAGGGCAGCAGAGCGAACCGGGCCUAAAAUCCUGCCCUGGAGGAAGUGGUGGGCCCCUUCCUUUGCAUCCUCACUCCCGUGCCCAGCCUGGAAACUGAAAUGAGGAAGAAUUCUGCAGAGCAACAAGCCCACCCACGUUUUCCGACGCAGAGGUAACCACCAGCCGUAACCACAAGCCGUGUGCCUUGGGCGUGAUUUUUAACCGACUCAACCAAAAAUAUUUUCUUCCCAGAAAGGCUGUUUGUCACAUGUGAAAGAAGCACCACUGACCUGUCUUUUCUGGGGUUCUGAUUCAAUAAACAUUGAGCACCUCCCCGA